AUGUCGAGCAGCAAGCUACCGAAGGUCGCAGCUCUACGCAGACAGCAGCUUCGACUUGAAUUCGCGAGUAUUAAAGUAUCUCCUCCAGUUGGCAUAUACGUGAGCCUUUCUCCAAGCGAUCCGGCCCUCUGGUCUGGGGUACUGUUCGUCCAGAAAGGCCCCUAUGCAUCAGCUAUUCUUCGAUUUCAAAUUCGGUUCCCGCCCUUAUAUCCUGACCUUCCUCCGCUCGUAACGUUUACUACGCCUAUAUUUCAUCCUCUGGUCGUACCUUUAACUACACAGACGUACUCAAACCGGCCGUCUGACCUGGAUUCUGUGACGGGAACAAUCGAAGAGCAGCUACCGCCUGGUGGGUUUAGCCUACGACAUGGGUUUCCGCACUGGUUUGUAAAGACGGAGCGGAGCACUGUUGUCUCCCCUUCAUCAUCACGCAGGACAAGUGGUCAGAAACCGGGGCCUAUUGGGGUUCAUGCAGAGCAGGGUAAUGAUCUGGUAGAGAGUAACACUGAUGAGAUUAUCACUCGGAUUUCGUCUCUUCCAUCUGACGUACGGGGCCCGAAAAGCCCUGACACUGCUGAUGUUACCGCUUUGGAUCUUCUGGAGUAUAUCCGUUCGACAUUUGAUGACGAAACUGUUUUGGAUUCAAUCUCACUGGAGGCUACAGGGUGUCCAAAUGCAUGGCAUGCUUGGAGAGCGCAUCGUCGUCAGCCACGAGCCGCCUCAGUAGCUGAACGCCGAUCCAGCAAGGAUGCAGGAGUCAGUUCUCCUUCAACGCCUGGGCGCACUUUAAGCCCAGACAGUAACAUACGGAGAAGCAGCCCGCAGGCCCGUUCGCCCGGCGAGUGGAAUUGGGAAGGGGUCUGGCUGAAGAGAGUCAAGGAGAAUAUUCAUCAUAGCUUUCUCGAGUCGGUACUAUUUGGCAGCUCGUCCCGCGCUGGAAGUUUAGGGGAUGACAUGAUCCGAUUUCAGAAGCUGGACCAUAGUGUCCUGACUAAGAUCAAGGACGAGAUUCUCGACCUUCAAGAAGGCCAGGCUGAUCCCCGACCUUUGGCAUGA